AAAAGCAGGUUCACGCCUGGAGCCUUCCAGGCUAAUUUUCACGGAGUGCUCAUCUGCUUGUGCAAGCGCAGCUCCAUUCUCCCGCUGCCUGGAGAGGAGGAAGGAGCAGCCCCUGCUGCCGAGGUGCUUCCAGCUCUCCACAAGACACAGCGUUCCCAAGGCUCGCUGCAGCUGAGGAGACAGCACUCAUAGACCCUCCUUUGAUUAGGAUGUGUCCGUGUUGUCAGGGCAACUGUUAACAGCGCCGGAUCAUAUUUUCUCCUCUUGUAUUGCGUGCUGAAUAUUUUAGUGUGCUGUAGCUGGAAGAAGGUUGCAGGGAGAGAAGGUGCUGCUGCGAGGAACCUGGAGCUGUGGGCUGGGAUCUGAUUGAACAGGUUAAGACGGCAAAGAGCAGCAUCCAAACCAAUGUGCCUUUAAUUAGGGCUCUUCUUCAAGGAGGGGAACGACUGCAAGCCUUUUGCUGCCGGCUGGAUGUUGGUAUUUGUCAGCUGUUUGCAUACUGCUUAUCCAUAGGGGAUCUGUUACAAGUGCUCAAAUGAACAGACAGCCUUGCAGCUAGCAGCUAAUCAGGGGCUGGAGUUUCUUACUUUUUUGUAAAUAAGCAAGAGGCAACAGCAAUAUGCCUGGUUCAACUACUGCCCUCCGACAAGAGAGACUGAAGAAAAGUCCCAGGCCAAAUCCCCCAGGUUUAUUCACCAUUAAUGAAGAGGAUGAGCAGCAAAAAAAUGGGAAUUCCACAAGAUUGAAAGCAACUGAAGGUUCUGAAACACAAGAUAAGAAAGUCACUUCAGGACAAAGCAACACAGGAUCUAAACCAGAUCAUCCAACAGUACUGAAGGUUGAUGACAGGCAACGGCUUGCCAGGGAACGGAGAGAAGAGCGAGAAAAACAGCUAGCUGCAAGAGAAUCUGUCUGGUUAGAAAGAGAAGAGAGAGCACGGCAGCAUUAUGAAAAACAUCUAGAGGAGCGCAGAAAGAAGCUAGAAGAGCAGAGGCUAAAGGAAGAGAGAAGACGAGCUGCCGUAGAGGAAAAGCGAAGGCAGAAACUAGAGGAAGAGAAGGAACGACAUGAAGCUGUUGUACGUCGCACAAUUGAGAGAAGCCAGAAGCCAAAGCAGAGGCAAAACAGGUGGUCCUGGGGAGGAGCACUCCACAACCGCAUUAAUAACACAGAUCGAGACAGGCGGUCUGUUUCAACAAUGAACCUUUCGAAACAUGUUGAUCCAGUCAUAAACAAGCGGCUCUCCUCCUCAUCUGCAACAUUACUAAAUUCUCCAGACAGAGCUCGCCGUCUUCAGCUCAGUCCAUGGGAGAGCAGCAUCGUUAGCAGGCUCCUGACGCCCACACACUCAUUCCUGGCUCGGAGUAAAAGCACAGCUGCAUUGUCUGGAGAUGCAGUUAUCCCCGUUUGUCCCCGUUCAGCAUCUUGCAGCCCCCUCAGUCCUCUGUCCUACAAGGCCAUGAGCUGCAGGAGCUCAGGAGAACGAGCAAAGCUUUACGCUUCUACUGAUGCCGUUGGACGUCGGAGAACAACGCACCUUGCCGGGACUGACAAAAGAGAAAAGGACCAUUUGUCAUCCAGCUUCUCAGCCAACUUUAAAGGAGGUCAUUUUACUUCCAGCCUCAAAGCUAGAUCAUCAGCUCCCUCUCCAGUUUGGCAUGCGUCAAAGUCUCUGCCUUAUUUGCCUGGCACACCCAAGCAGAUAACUUCCCCACCUGGCUCCUCCAAAGUCUCCUCUGCUCAGACACGUCCUCCCUCUCCUGGCAACAUCCGGCCAGUCAAAAAAGAGAUCAAGCCAGAGGGUGAGAAGAAAAGACCAGAAAAGGAGCCUGAAAAGGUCCAUGAGGCGAGGACAGAAGAGAGUAAAGGAGCUUCAGCAGGUGCUGGAGAGCCCACAAGUCAGGAACAGCUCCCUGUCCAAGCAGAGCUAACUCAAGCAGCCAGCCCAUCCCUGCCUCCUGCUCCACCAGCUCUUUCUCCAGCCCCAGCACCACCCAAGCCCUCUGCAGGUACAACUGACCCUGAAGAAGCAACAAGGCUGCUCACUGAAAAGAGGCGCCUUGCCCGUGAGCAGCGGGAGCGGGAGGAGCAGGAAAGGAGGGAGAGAGAAGAGCUUGAAAGACAAAAGAAAGAAGAGUUGUCACAGAGGAUAGCUGAAGAAAGAGCUCGCCGAGAAGAGGAGGAAGCUCGCAGACUAGAAGCAGAAAAACAAAGGAAGGAUGCAGAGGAGCGGGAAAAGGAGGAACGGCUGCGCCGCCAGGCAGAGGAGAGAGAGCAGAAGGAGAGAGAAGAGAUGGAGCGCAUUCAGAAACAAAAAGAAGAGGAAGCUCGCCUGCGGGAAGAGGCUGAGAGGAUUCGAUUAGAACGUGAAAAGCAUUUCCAAAGAGAAGAGCAAGAGCGCUUGGAAAGGAAGAAGAGGCUGGAGGAGAUCAUGAAGAGAACUAGGCGUGUAGAAGCUGUAGAUAAGAAAUCCAAUGACCAGCAAAAUGGACAUAUAUCAAAGACAAAUAUUACUGGAGAAGCAGCCGCAGGCAGCCCCGCGUCUCCCCUGGAGCCUGCCGCAGGAGCGGAGCUGCAGCAGGCGGUGCCAGCGCCGCACAACGGGGCUCCGGCCGCCUGCCCGGGGGCUGCGCACCUGCCCCCCGCCAGCCUGGACAGCAAUCUCAAUCCAGAGAAAAACGCAAAUGAAAAUGGAAUGUCUAUGCAGAACGAUAACUUUGAAGAGAUCAUGAACCUGCCCAUUGGUUCUAAACCACCCCGGCUGGAUGCUAUGAACAAUGAUGGAAGCAAUAGUCCCGAAAUUCCUUUGAAUCCAAUUCUAGCCUUCGAAGAUAAGGGGACUCUUUUGCCUCAGGUAGAUAGUGUUCAAACACAUCAAACAGCAGAAGUGAUCUGAGUGUUUCUUCUGAAGAACCAAAGGUGAUAUGAGCAUCUCUGCAGUCAGCGGAGUUUCUUCCAUGCUAUGAAGGAGUGUUUUAUUUUUUUCUCUCCAGUUUUUUAAAGAUUUCUUGAAUAUCUUUUUUGGAAGGACUUUAGUAAAACCAGCAGAAGAAAUGAGGGGAAUAGACUUGGAUCACCAUUCUAAUAGCUUUCAUCACUAGAAAAAUCAUGCUUCACGUGCGUUACUUAAUAUGGCUAUUUCCAACAAGCUUUUUUUGUUAGUAAAUGAAUAUUUCUGCAUUCCUUAAGACACAAGACACUGGAAUCUGAAAGUAACGGGCUGAUUUGGGUGGUGGGACUGAUUCUUUUUUGUUUUUCAAAAAGGUGGGUGUUGGUUUAAAAGGCAUAAUUGCAAAAUUGGCAAAGAAUCUUUUACACUUUGUGGUUCUAAUACUUGAAAAAUAAAUGCCUCAUUGCUCUACAAGUAGAGUUAAUGGGGUGUUUUAUUUAAACCUGUUGGUUUAAAUGUUAUUGCAGAGAACUCUAAUUAUGGGGGCAAACUAUAGGCUUCUGUAUCAGGUUCUUGUAAAUGUAAUUCCUACAGGGACAUUCUGUAAAUUGAGACGUCACUAUGAUCUUCUCACAUUUUCUCUAAAAACACAAAACAAGACAGG